ACAACUACCUCACUGGCUCGGUCUCUACGAAAAUAGGCAACCUUGAAGCAUUGAUGGCCGUGAACCUUGGCUACAACUACUUGACAGGCCCCAUUCCUGACUCCAUCGGCAAGCUCACGAAUCUGAACGCCUUAUUUCUAUGGGGAAACAAAAUGACAGGAUCGAUACCCACAGUGAUAGGCAACCUUCUUUAUUUGACUGAGUUGUCCCUUUCUUGGAACAACCUCACAGGCAGCGUCCCAGAUCCCAUUGGCAACCUCCUGCAGCUCACAAACUUGGAAAUUAAAGGAACCAAUCUGUCAGGACCACUCCCUCCAACUCUGGGCAAACUCUCCAAACUUAAUCCAUUGAAUCUGUCAUUAACUGCGCUCACGUGCCCGCCUAACAAGAGUCCGUGUUUGGUUCAGCAAUUCUCUCAAAGCGCCUUAUGCAGCAAGUGCCCCUCCUUCUGCGCCACCUGCAACAAGACAGCACCACGCCCACCCUCUCCCCCUCCAGCCGCCCCCUCCUUCACUCCAACUUCCCCCACACCGACCCCAUCCUCCUCCUCUGACCCCAACUCACCCGAAGCGCCUCCCUCCCAGUCUGGUGGUGGUCUCUCUGUGGGAGCCAUUGCCAGCAUUGCUGUGGCUGCUGUGAUGCUGCUGACCAUUGGCAUUGGCGCACUGCUGUGGCGGCGGAGAGGUCACAACAGAUGGGCAGCACGUGCAGCAAGUCGCUCCGGCAGCAUGCCAGGCGCUAACUGCACGGAGUACUCCCUAGAGGAGGUUCUUGAAGCCACCAGCAACUGGUCCUCAGCCAACCAGCUUGGCUCGGGUGCCUUUGGUGACGUGUACAAGGGCGUGUGUCCCGAUGAUGGCACCACCCUGUGGGCCGUCAAGAGAGCCAAACUGAUUGACGUGGAUUUUUACAAAGAG